AUGACGUCGGACACCACCAAGCUGGAGACGGCCGUGCUCCAGGCGCUCGACGCGCUGUACAAACCCCAGGCGACAGAUCCACACGAGACGCAGGCGGCUGACACGUUUCUGCGCGGUUUCCAGCUCACGCCCGCGGCGUUUGUCGUCUGUACGUCGCUCCUGGAUCAAGCACUGGCGCUCGAUAACCCGCAGACUCGAAAUGGGACACUUUCCCCGGACAGCGUCCCAUUGGUCUUUUUUGCGGCCCAGACAUUGGCCAAUAAACUGCGCCGUACCGUGGCCAAUGUGGACGCGAUAUUCUGGACCCAGCGAAUCGUAACCUGGUUAUCCAAUCCCGUCAAACUGCCUAAGAUGGUGGUUACGCAACUGCUGCUCGCGCUUGUAGCAGCGCUGCCUCGUCUGCCCGCUGCGCAAGACCUGGACACUUGUGUCCGUCCAGACGCAUCUAGUGCUUCAAGUCAAGAAAUUGUCGCAGCGGUUCGAGCGGGUGACGCUCAGUGUACUGGACAGAGUGUCGUGGGGUACGCGCUGAUCCAUCUGGUUCAACUCGGCGUACCCCCACUGGUGCUUGCCGAGUUUCUACUGCUACUGGCUGAAGAAGUGGGCAAUUUGACCGAACGCAGCGCUCGGCAGAGAAUGCAGAACGAAGUGGAUGCCUGGGCACCUGUGGUGAUGGACAAAUUGCUGCCUCAAUUGAUGCACGAGGCCAGUACCUUGGAAAGCAGCAGAUGUUCCGACGCAGUGGAGACACAGGAGACAGUCCUGCGGGCGCUGACGAGCUGGUUUGCGUACGUCCGCGUCCCUUCCGAAGUCGUGGUACGUAACCCACUGUUACACUCGUUAUUGAGCUUUUUCGGCCGGGACGAGUUGUUUGAUACAGCUGUAGAUUUAGCAGUAGAAGUGGUCAAGUCGUGCUCGCACGACAAGGACGUGGUGCAGUGGCUGGCACCGAGGUUGUUGUCGUUACGAGGAAUGUUUGCAGCUGCAGCAGAAGCAGAAGAUGUGGACUCGUGUCUAGGACUUUGCCGCAUUUUUACGGAGAUGGGAGAGUCUUAUCUUGAGCUGCUGCUGCAACAACAUGGAGCGGGAAAUGACCAUGUGGCGUUGGUGGAUUUGUUGCUGGACUGUAUGAGCUAUCCAGAUGCUGACGUGGCUGAUGUGACGAUUCCGUUCUGGUUCCGACUACUAGCGGAGUUACAACGGCGUGCCGUGCCUGCACUUGUGGCGCAGUACAAACCUCGACUGGAGAGACUGGCAGGAUUGUGCAUGCAAAAGCUGCAGUUCCGGGAAGAUUUUUUUACGCUACCUAGCGACAGGCAGCACGAAUUUAAGGCGUUUCGACAGGAACUUGGCGACAUUUUGUGUGACUGCUGUCAGCUGCUAGGUGUUGAGGCAGUUCUACAGCAUUGUGUAAGUGGUUUGAAGCUCCUUUUACAGACACCAGCUGAAGCAAGAAGUUGGGAGACCGCGGAGGCAUAUCUGUAUUGCUUUCGGUCGAUCGCACGUGAAGUAGAGACGAGCGCGACUCACGCACAGGCCUUAGACGCGCCACUUACGCUGAUAUUCCAGUAUUUGCAGCACUUUGCUGACCACCCGGCAGUAUGCUACACGUCAUGCCUAGUUGUUUCGCGCUAUGUGAAAUGGUUACACGCGAAUCCCACGUCUCUUUCGGCUCAGGUCAAGUUUCUCAACGCUUGUGUGACAAACAGUGCGGGGAAUACGCUCUCCAGUGAAUGGAAGGUUGCACGAGCAGCUGCUGCGGCUGUCCGUGCUUUGGCAAUGGACUGCUGGUCGAUGCUAGGAGGAGAUAUCGUAGCCUUCUAUCUGCACAUCGAGCAGCAUGACGUUAUGGCUGUUGAGGAUCAAGUAUUAAUCCUUGAGGGUAUAUGUGCUGGUGUCGCGGGCUCUGGAGACAUGCCGCGCAUCUUUUCCGUGCUCGAUCAGAUCAUGAAAGGCAUUGGUCAGCGGCUUACUGCUCUAUUCGCCUCCGCGUCUGCUAAGGAUCAUGUGGAUGUUGCGCUGAACGAGCUAUUGCGGAUCAUGAGUAUUUACGAUAAUCUCGAGAUCAGGGACCUUCGUGGGGACAAACACCCAUUGGUGAUGCUCACGGAGCAGCUUUGGCCGCUUUUUAAUCAGAUGCUAGCCUUGUAUCGUGGCCAUGACGAGCUUGUGGAGCUUGUAUGCCGUUCCUACAAGCGUAUACUUCGCUCGUGUGGAGAGCAGAUUGCGCCUUUGCUGCCACAGCUUGUCAACAAUUUGCUGGCAUUUUACCAAGCAGAGCCCAAAUCGUCGUACCUGUACACCGCUAGCAUUGUGUUGAAGUUCUUUUCACAUGACCGCUGUCACAGCAACUCGGCGGAAAUGGACACUCUGUUUGCACGUAUGCUUUUCACGUUGAUUAAAACGACAACGCCCAUUUUCGCGCGCUUAGUCGAUAUGGAGGCGCGUCCGGAUGUGGUGGAAGAGUUCUUUUUCCUCAUGGAGCGUGCCGUGCGAUGUGUGCCACAAGUACUUGCUGCUCCUGUACCAUCUCCUUCGGGUUUGUCUCGACAAGUGAAUCAACCGCUAAUGGUGAGCGUGUUCUCGUGUGCAAUUUCAGCACUUGGCAUCUCGCACAACGACGCGAAUAAGGCGAUGCUAUGCUUUUUGGAGCAGUUAUAUUUGCAGUCUCAGUCUGGCAACUCAGGUGUAAAACUCAUCUCAUUGUGCUCGUGUGACAGCAACGAGUCCGCGAACAGCAACAAAAUGUUGGUAAACUUUUUACUACGGGGUGUCGUCCUAGGUGCCAUAUCGCCUUCGCGGGUGGACGCAGACUACGGAUCAGCGGCAGGAGUAAUGAUGCAACUUGCGAAGGUUGAUGGGUCGCAGUUACGGCAAUGGAUUGCCGAAUGGUUUGAACAGGCCACAGCGGGGACGUUUGCUACCGCAGCGGUCAAUUUCUUAGCUCCGGAAGAGGUGCUGGAGUUCCAAAGUGAUCUCUUUAAUGCGGUUAGCGAACGCGCAUUCCGGCGUACCAUUCGUCAUUUCGGUAAACUUUGCGCUUCCCGCAACACGGUAUUCAAGGCUAGCGAGCGCCAGUAG